CGCGCAAGAAAACAUCAAAAGAAGCCGACUUCAAGACACAAACAGCUUCAAGGCGUCGGCAGGCAGAGGCAUCGAGGGCAGAGCAAGGCACAGCGGCGGCCAUGGUCGAUCUCAGGCUCACGGGGCGGCACAUUCUCGGCAUCGCCAUCCUCGGCGUCGUCGUCACUCUAUGGGUCGCCUCGUCCUUCUUGAUGCGCUCCAUCUUCGGGGAGACCAAGUCCUACGAUAAGCCCUUCUUUGUGACCUGGAUCAAUACGGGGACCUUCUCCUUCUAUCUCAUUCCCUGGGCUCUUCGUUCAAUAUUCAAAAAGGCGCCAAAGAAGGACGAACAGGCAAAAGAUAGCCAUACGACACUCGGUCGCCAGCAAAAUAGGGUGCGCUACGAUCGCGUGAGCACAGAGGAUACAGCUAUUAAGCCAGAUAUCGAAGAAGAAAGAAGGUCAGCAGAUCCUGAGGACGAAGGAAUUGAAUUGACAUCGAAUAGCAAUGCCGCCUCACCACUACUGCGCUCGCCCACAGCAAGACGGCCUCUCGCUGUGCAUGGUCACGCAACAGAAGCAAGAGGCUCUCAUUCACAUGAUUUGCAUCGGUCUGCUCCCUUUGAGCAUCGUCUGCGCUCAGGAACCAUGACUGAUUCGAUCCGCACAUUCGGAGACCAGGAUGUGAUUGAUUGCUCGGAACAUGAACCGCUGACUACAUACGAGACUGCAAAGCUCGGCUGCGUCUUCUCACUCAUCUGGUUUGCGGCUAACUACUUUGGCAAUAUUUCCUUGUCGUAUACAAAUGUGGCGAGCUUUACAAUCAUCUCGUCGCUCAGUGGGUUCUUUACCCUCGCACUUGGCUCGCUGCUUCGGGUGGAAUCAUUCACCAUGACAAAGAUCUACGCUCUCAUCAUCUCCAUCAUUGGUGUUGGUCUCGUGGCCACACAAGAUACAGGAGCGCCAGACCAUAAUGAUGGCAAAGUCGUAUUUCUCACUGACUUGAUUAUCGGCGACAUUCUUGCAUUGAUCGGCGCCGCGCUCUAUGGUUGCUACACCGUCUUCCUCAAGUACAAAGUUCGCAAUGAAGAACGUGUCAGCAUGCCACUCUUUUUCGGCUUUGUCGGUGUCUUCAAUGUCCUUGUACUCUGGCCGGCCAUUUUCGUGCUCGAUGCCUUUGGCAUGGAACCAUUCGAGCUGCCACAAUCACGAGACAUCUGGCUGGUCGUUUUGUGCAAUGCACUCAUCACGUUCGUCUCUGACUAUCUCUGGGUCUUGGCAAUGCUCAUGACGAGCCCUCUUGUGGUGACCGUCGGUAUCAGCAUGUCCAUUCCUCUCGCAUUGCUCGGUGAUCACCUCAUCUAUCACAAUGCCGGCUCUUGGGUCUUCUUCCUUGGAGCAUUGAUGGUCUUCGCCAGCUUCAUUGCUAUCAAUUUGACAUUCGAGUCGAAAGACACUCGGCCCGCGAUAGCUGGCUCAUCUGCAGCUGAUGCAUCUGAGCCGGUAUGAUUUACGAAAAUUCGUCUUCAAUCACUUUCCGAUGUCACAUCAUUGUCUUGCAAUAGAUUCUUUCUCGGUCUUCCCCUUUUCCUCGGCGACGGCAGAUCAGCAUGCUCAAAAUGCUUCGCAAACG